AUGAAUCAGCCGCGCCGCAAGUCGGCGUUCCGCAUCGAGCCGUUUCGGCACAAGGUGGAGAUGGACCCGCGAUACGCGGAGAAGACGUGGGGCAUUCUCGAGGACGCCAUCCAUCAGAUCUACAGCCACAACGCCUCGGGCCUCAGCUUCGAAGAGCUCUACCGCAACGCGUACAACAUGGUACUUCAUAAGUACGGCGACCGCCUGUACGCGGGGCUGGUGAGCACCAUGACGGCACAUCUUAAAGGUGUGGCGGCGGCUAUAGAGGCGGCGCACGGGCCACUGUUCCUCAACGAGCUGGAUGCCAGGGCUGGUGAGCACCAUGACAUGACGGCGCACCGCAAGGGCGUGGCGGCUGCUAUUGAGGUUGAGGCCGCCCAUGGGCCUCUCUUCCUCAACGAGCUGGACGCCAGUGUGAUGCCCGUCGCCUCUAUGAGGGGCUGGUGGCACGACCAAGACAAGCACGACCAUGACAAGUCCCUCCAGAUGACCCGACACAUCUGCAUGCACAUGGACCGCACUGACCUAUGUGGCACGACUACGGGCAAUCCCUCCAGGUGGCACGAGUACGGCAAGUCCCUCCAGAUGAUCCAAGACAUCCUAAUGUGGCACGAGUAUGGCAAGUCCCUCCAGAUGAUUCGAGACAUCCUAAUGUGGCACGACUACGGGAAAUCUCUUCAAAUGAUCCGCGACAUUCUAAUGUACAUGGAUCGCACCUACGUGACCAAUCACAACAAGACACCUGUGCACGACCUCGGCCUCGCCCUCUGGCGCGACCACAUCGUGCGCGCCCCCGCCAUCCGCCCGCGCCUCCUCUCCACCCUCCUCUCCCUCAUCCACCAAGAGCGCUCGGGCGAAGUGAUCAACCGCGCCCUCAUGCGAUCCAUAUCGUCCAUGUUCGCGGAUCUCGGCCCCGCGGUCUAUUCGGAGGAUCUGGAGCGUCCGUUUUUGGAAGCCUCCGCGGCGUUUUACCGGGGGGAGGCGCAGAGGUAUCUGGGGACGUGUGAUUGCGCGGAUUAUUUGAAGGUGGCGGAGAGGCGGCUGGAGGAGGAGGGGGAGCGCGUGGCGCAGUACUUAGAUGCGCGCACUGAGGGGAAGGUGACGGGCGUGGUGGAGAGGGAGAUGGUGGGGAAUCACCUCAGGCUGCUCGUUGAUAUGGAGAACUCUGGCUUGGUGCCCAUGCUGGUCAAUGACAAGUACGAGGUGAGAGGUGCUCCCUCCCUCCCUCCCUCCGUCCUGGUGGGGAAUCACCUCAGGUUGCUGGUUGACAUGGAGAACUCCGGGCUUGUGCCCAUGCUGGUCAACGACAAGUAUGAGGACAUUGCGCGCAUGUACCGUCUGCUCAAACGCGUGCCGGCAGGGCUGCAGACGAUGCGGGAGGACAUUGCGCGCAUGUACCGCCUGCUGAAGCGCGUGCCGGCAGGGCUGCAGACGAUGAGGGAGGUGAUGUCAGGGCAUCUGAGGGAGACAGGCAGGCAGCUCGUGACUGAUCCCGACAGGGAGACAGGCAGGCAGCUCGUGACUGAUCCCGACAGGUAUGGUGGAGGGAGGAGUGGGGUUGGGUGUAAGUGUGUGUGCACAGACGAUGCGGGAGGUGAUGUCGGGACACCUGAGGGAGACGGGCAGGCAGCUGGUCACGGACCCGGACAGUGCAAGGACAAGUACGAUCACAUCAUCGCCGCCUCAUUCCGCCGCUCCCUGUUGCACUCCUCCCCACUCCUCCCUCUUCACUCCUUCAGGUGCAAGGACCCAGGGGAAUUUGUGCAGCGCCUCUUGGAGGAAAAAGACAAGUGCAAGGACCCAGUCGAGUUCGUGCAGCGGCUGCUAGAGGAAAAGGAUAAAUACGAUCGCAUCAUCUCCGCCUCAUUCGCCUCAGACAAGGCCUUCCACACCACGUGCAAGGACCCGGUCGAGUUCGUGCAGCGCCUGCUAGAGGAGAAGAAUAAAUAUGACCGAAUCAUCUCUGCCUCCUUCGCCUCAGACAAGGCCUUCCACACGGCCCUCUCCACGGCCUUUGAGUGCAAGGACCCGGUCGAGUUCGUGCAGCGGCUGCUAGAGGAGAAGGAUAAAUAUGACCGAAUCAUCUCUGCCUCCUUUGCCUCCGACAAGGCCUUCCACACGGCCCUCUCCACAGCCUUUGAGUUCUUCCUCAACCUCAACGCGCGCGCUGCCGAGUACAUCUCUCUCUUCAUCGACGACAAGCUGCGCAAGGGGCUCAAGGGGGCCAGCGAGGAGGAGGCAGAGGCCGUGUUGGAUAAGGUCAUGAUGCUGUUCCGGUUCCUGCAGGAGAAGGACGUGUUUGAGAAGUAUUACAAGCAGCACUUAGCUAAGCGUCUGCUGUCGGGGAAGACGGUUUCGGAUGACGCGGAGAGGAGUUUUAUCGUGAAGCUUAAGACGGAGUGUGGGUACCAGUUUACGUCGAAGCUCGAGGGCAUGUUCCUGGAUAUGAAGACGUCUCAGGAUACGAUGCAUGCGUUUCACUGCGCGUUACAGGCUGAGGCUGCGGCGGCGGCGGUGGCGACGGGAGGAGGUGUGGGAGUGGUGGAGGAGAGGGGGGGCGGAGAGGGAGAGGUGGAGGAUCCGGCUAGUGGGGUUGCCACCGCCGCCGCUGCUGCUGCUGCUACUGGUUUACGGGAGGAAGGAGGGGAUGAGGGUGGGGAGGAGGAAGGAGAAGGGUCUGCACGUGGGGGAGCAGCAGUAGCAGCGCUCCGCACCGAACCAGAUCUUGCCCUCACCGGACCGUCCGGCACGGCAGCAGGCUCGGGAGCCGGCUCGUCAUCAUCAGCAUCGGCGGCAGCAGGAGGGGUGGCAGCGGGUGGAUUAUUCCAAGGGCCGACUCUAUCCGUCCAGGUGUUAACUACAGGAUCUUGGCCUACCCAGGCCGGUGCCAGAUGCAACCUCCCCGGGGAGAUCCUGCCCAUCUGUGAGAAGUUCACGCGGCACUACCUGACGACGCACACUGGGCGGCGGCUGACGUGGCAGAUGAACAUGGGGCAUGCGGACGUGAAGGCGACGUUUGAGUCGCGGAAAUACGAGCUGUCUGUCUCCACCUACCAGGUGGGUUGGGCCCGUGUCAACGUACCAGGUGGGUGGGGCCCGUGUCAACGUACCAGCCAGGUGGACGUGAAGGCCACGUUUGAGUCGCGGAAAUACGAGCUGUCCGUGUCGACCUACCAGAUGUGCACCCUCAUGCUCUUCAACACGCACGGCUCCCUCACCUACCGCGACAUUGAGGCAGCCACAGACAUUCCCUCGGCCGACCUGCGGCGCAACCUGCAGUCGCUGUCGCUGAUGUGCAUCUUGAUGCUGUUCAACACGCACGACUCGCUGACAUAUCGCGACAUAGAAGCGGCCACCGAUAUCCCAUCAGCCGACCUGCGGCGCAACCUGCAGUCGCUGUCGCUGGUGCGCGGGAAGAACGUGCUGCGGAAGGAACCGGUGGGGAAGGAGGUGGGGGAUGACGAUACCUUUCAUUUCAACCACAAGUUCACCUCCAAGUUCUUCAAGGUGAAGAUCGGCACCAUUUCCGCCCAGAAGGAGACGGAGCCGGAGAAGGCGGAGACGAGGCAGAAGGUGGAGGAGGACAGGAAGCCGCAGAUAGAGGCGGCAAUUGUUCGCAUCAUGAAGUCGCGACGCAUGCUGGACCACAACAACCUUGUCAGCGAGGUGACGAAGCAGCUGCAGGCACGCUUCCUGCUGAACCCGGCGGUGAUCAAGAAGCGCAUAGAGAGCCUCAUUGAGCGAGCCGAGGUGACGAAGCAGCUGCAGGCACGCUUCCUGCCCAACCCGGCGGUCAUCAAGAAGCGCAUAGAGAGCCUCAUAGAGAGGGAGUUCCUGGAGCGCGACCGCAACGACCGCAAGCUGUACCGCUACCUUGCCUAA